AUGGAUCGUUUUUCUUCUAGUACCAUUCUCCCCGAAGCGUUUCAAGGUGCCAAAGAUGACUUCACCAUGCAGCUUGCAUUGGUCUGGAACCAAAUCAAAGCGCCACUCAUUGUCCCGUUGCUGAGAAUAACAGUGUUUCUGUGCUUGAUCAUGUCGGUGAUGAUGUUCAUCGAGAGGGUCUACAUGGGCAUUGUCAUCACUCUGGUGAAGUUGUUUGGGAGAAAGCCAGAGAAACGUUACAAGUGGGAACCGAUGAAGGACGACAUAGAGUUGGGAAACUCUUCUUACCCAAUGGUUCUUGUUCAAGUCCCCAUGUACAACGAAAGAGAGGUUUAUCAGUUGUCUAUUGGAGCAGCAUGUGGGCUUUCUUGGCCUUCAGAUAGGAUCAUCAUACAAGUCCUUGAUGACUCCACUGACCCAACAAUCAAGGAGUUGGUGCAGCUUGAAUGCCAAAGAUGGGCAAGCAAAGGGGUGAACAUAAAGUAUGAGGUUAGGGACAAUAGGAAUGGGUACAAAGCAGGGGCUCUCAAAGAAGGCAUGAAGCGUAGCUACGUGAAACAAUGUGAUUGUGUUGCUAUCUUUGACGCUGAUUUUCAACCAGAGCCUGAUUUCCUGUGGCGGACCGUUCCAUUCCUCGUGCACAAUCCCGAAUUAGCCCUCAUUCAAGCACGGUGGAAAUUUGUGAAUGCCGAUGAAUGUUUGAUGACCAGAAUGCAAGAGAUGUCACUAGAUUACCAUUUUACUGUGGAACAAGAAGUGGGGUCUUCCACUUACGCCUUCUUUGGUUUCAACGGGACUGCGGGAGUAUGGAGAAUUUCGGCGCUGAAUGAGGCUGGUGGAUGGAAGGAUAGAACCACAGUGGAAGAUAUGGACUUGGCUGUGCGAGCCAGUCUCAAAGGAUGGAAAUUCUUAUACUUGUCUGACUUGAAGGUUAAAAAUGAGUUGCCAAGUACUUUCAAGGCCUACCGCUACCAACAGCACCGUUGGUCUUGUGGCCCAGCCAAUCUUUUUAGGAAAAUGGCCAUGGAGAUCAUAAACAACAAGAAAGUGUCAUUGUGGAAGAAGAUACAUGUGAUUUACAGCUUCUUCUUUGUUCGGAAGGUCGUAGCACACAUCAACACGUUUGUGUUUUAUUGCAUUGUAUUACCUGCAACAGUUUUGGUGCCUGAGGUUGUGGUCCCAAAGUGGGGAGCUGUCUAUAUCCCUUCCAUCAUCACUAUUCUAAAUGCAGUUGGAACUCCAAGGUCACUCCAUUUGAUGGUCUUCUGGAUUCUCUUUGAGAAUGUCAUGUCUCUGCAUCGAACAAAGGCAACAAUUAUUGGUCUACUUGAGGCCAGUCGAGUGAACGAAUGGGUUGUCACUGAAAAACUUGGUGAUGCUCUCAAGGCUAAAGCAGGAGGUAAAGCACCUAAAAAGCCUCGAUUCAGGAUUGGAGACAGGAUUCACUUGUUGGAACUUGGUGUCGCAUUCUACCUCUUCUUUUGUGGCUGCUAUGAUGUUAUGUUCGGGAAAAACCAUUUCUUCAUCUUCCUCUUUAUCCAAUCUUUUGCCUUCCUCAUCAUGGCAUUUGGAUAUGUUGGCACCAUUGUUCCCAACUCCUAGAAGGGUUUGGCACUUCAUUCGGCUAUUUCAGCUUCUGUGCCUUCAUAUCAACGUGUAUUAUAGUGUUUUCAACAUAGUUCUGGCUAAUCACAGCUUGUUAGUAUAAAAAAGAAAGGGUGGUCAUUCUUUAAGGUGUUGCAUAAUCAGAGUCAGUGACUCUAAAGAGUUACUUUUCUUGUGAAUAUACUGCAAAGAUAUAUAAGAAAUUACUGAAAUUCUUCUCAUGAAAGGGAAGUACACAGAACAAGAACGCAGCGAUCAUGUGGCAUCGAUCCUACUACGGGGAGCAAACAUUAGAUGGAUUGUUUAUAUGAUAUUGUAGGGUUUUUUUUGUUUUAACUUUUGCUUUUCUUUACAUUGUAUUUGUUUGAAGAAAAAAAUAAGCAGCUUCAAGAAAUGGGAUAAGAUACACAAACUUCCA